UGUGCACCCUCUGCGCCUUUGCGCCUUCGACCCGGCACCACACCUGCAUCCGUCUCGAUGAACUUUGUUGUUCCACCGAAAGUCACCAACUCGUGAAACUCAGCCACGGCACCAACAACCGCCCACGACUGUCCCCCGAUUCGGGGUAUUUAAUCUCUUGCCAUGGCCGCAACACCGAGCUCGGCGGCCGUAAUGUCAGACGUCGAGCCACCCAGUUCCCCCGUCCACGUCGAAAAAUCAUUCAUGACCGCUGUCACCGAGGACGACGACACGAGGAUGAUGGCGACCCCAGAGCCUUCCGAGCGACAAUCGCGCGGCAAGAAGCGCGGUCGCGACGAUGGCAACGGCGCCAACGGCAAUCCCAUCGGCAAGAUUCGACACCUCAAGAAAGACGACGGCGAGCCGCUCUGGCGCAAGGACAUCCAAUUCGACUUCCUCAAGGCCGUUUUCGAUAAUGACGCAAAGGUAUUUACAAACAGCUACGAAAAAGAUCGCAUUGGCAGCCAGUGCUUCGCCGACCUCUACAUCGAUACCAUGUCCCGGAGCAGCAAGACCAGCAAGGUCCUCCGAGAUAAAUUGCUGAGUGAUCGCGAGGCUGCCAAGGGUAUGGCCAUGGUCUGCCUCUUGGUCAACGUCGGCCGCAUGAACACCACUCUCAAUUCCUUAGUCUUUCCCGAGAUGCGAGCCCAGCUGCGCACCUACCACGCGAUCCCCUGCCUUCAAGCCCGGCAAGACCCUCACGCCUACAAGCAACUGCAAGAUGCCCCCAGGCUGAAGUCCAUCCUGAAGGGAGGCUCUGACGACCGACCCGAGCCGACGUCGCUAGACGAGAUCAAAGGGAUCGACGUCCCGCGCACGAAUCCCGUCAACCUCCUCUUCCUCAUCUGCCAGGCCGCAACCAAGAUUGCGGAGCUGCAUUUCCCCCCAGGCCAAGAAUUCCACGAUCUCAUCAUGAAGACGAACUACAGCAGCGAAAGCCGAGCACGCGCUUUUCUCUGGCUCAUGUGGUUCUAUCUCGAGUCCGACUUUACCGAAGAAGGGUGCGAGGAGAACCCCUUCGGCGCUGGUGUAGACUACAACGUCGACGUCGCGAAUCAGGGCGUCCCUCGCGUAGACCCUCUUACCGAGGACGAGGCGGCACUGGAGAACGUCGACACACAAGAGGAGAUCGAGUUCGGAUUCACCAAACAGAAAAUGCGCGCCAAGAUCAUCGAGGCGGACCAACAGUUCAUGGCCGAGAGCCAAGGCAAGCGAGGCGGCGGCCGUGGUCGGGGUUUCCCCGCCGGCGACGAAGUCGGCCCAACGACGGGCAUCCUCCCGCGGAUUCGGCCCUCUAAGAACGAAAGUGAUCUGGAUAGUGUCCGGUCGACACCGCCACCCCGUGCCCUCGGUCGGCAGAGCGGUGUUUUCGGAAGUAUCGGUCGGAGAGGGCCGCAUUCGCUCAAAUACCAAGUCUUGGAGGGCUCGUCCCCCGGCGGCGAGAGGAUGAUCGAAGGGGUGAUGGCGCGUAAGCCGCGCCCGCCGACCGCCCACCAACUAGCAGUCGAACGAAACCGUUCCCAGCGCGUUGAGCACAUACUCGACCGAGGCCUGCGCCGUGGCCGCCACCGCGCCCGGAAGGAACACCGCGAUGAAGGAGCCAUCCUCCGCGCCCUCCCUCGGCUCGCCCAAAUGGACAACCCCUUUGACGACAGCGAGGACGAGGAGGUAGCCGCCGUCCUUGGCAAGCACUCGGCGUCCGUUUCGGGCGAUGGGGGCAAGCGCAUGCGCGAGAGGGGUUACGGCGGCCUCGCUCAGCUAAAGGACGAGCCAGACGAUUUCGGGGAGCAGGUUAGCUCGUAUGCCGCCGCAUUUCGCCGCACGAACCGCCGCCUGAACCGCUGGGAGAACCAUCAAGGCCCACCGUUGGGUGUUAUCCGGCCGGUCAAGCGGCCGAAGCUUAACGGCACCGGACAUGGCGACGACGACGACGACGACGACGACGAUGAAGAAGGUGAUGGCGAGGGUGAGGGCGAGGGCGAGGGCGAGAACUCGCCCUCCAAGGAGAUGAUUGACCCCGCCGAGACCGAGGACGAGAACGAGACGAACGGCUUACACCGCCGCGACACGAUUGGCGAUACACCCAUGGAUGAUGCCGAUGACCUCGACGACGUCGAUAAGGGUUUGCUUGGUCUCGGCGACGAUGAUGAAGGCGAGGGCGAAGUCGAGGGAGAGGACGAGCUGGAUGAUGUCGACAAGACGUUGCUUGGCAUGGACGGGGACUCGGACUCGGACUGA